CUGGACUGCCUGGCCACCGUCUUGUUCUCACCUCCAUCUGCACUCCCUGCCUGGAACAGCCAGGUUUUUAGCAGCUGGGGUGGGACACAUCCCAACCUUUGGGCAUCAGGGCAGUGAGGGUGGAAAGGAUAGUAAUGGGGGCCAGGCAGUCAAGUGCCUGUUCCAAGGACAAGGGCCCCAGGGGCAUGGCACUCCUGCGGAAAAGGCAGAAAUUCUCCCCUUGGGACGAUGCCCUGCUCUCAGGAAAGGACCCCCGGUCCCUGCUGAAGCGGGGCAUGUGCCACAUCAGCUUCAGCCUGGUCACCAAGGGAAUGACAGACAUCCCCGACUUUCUGUGGGGCUUGUCUGAGGUCCAGAAACUCAAUCUAUCUCACAACCAGCUCAGGGUUCUGCCCCCCGAGGUGGGAAGGCUGACCAGGCUGGUGGUCCUGAACUUGUGUGGGAACUGCCUGAAGAGCCUGCCCCAAGAAAUCAGCCUCCUCACGGGCCUGAAGGUGCUGUUCAUCAACAUGAACUGCCUGGCCGAGGUGCCGGCCGAGCUGAGCGCCUGCAGGAACCUGGAAGUCCUGAGUUUGUCUCACAAUCGUCUCUCCCAGCUGCCUGCCAGUUUUGCAGAUCUCUCCAGGCUGAAAAAGCUGAACCUCAGUAACAACUGCUUUGCUCAUAUCCCCAUCUGUGUGUUUGCACUCAAAGAGCUGGAUUUCUUGCAUGUGGGCUCCAAUCGCCUAGAAAACAUCGCUGAGAGCAUCCAGUGUCUGAGCAGCCUGCAGAUUUUCAUUGCCGAGAACAACAACAUCCACUCCUUCCCACGGUCGCUCUGCCUCCUCACCAGCUUGGAGCUGCUGAACCUGGACAACAAUGAUAUCCAGACCCUCCCAGAUGAACUCUACCUGCUGUGUAGACUGGCAAAGAUUGCUUGGAACCCCAUGGACAAAGGGCUCCAUAUUUCCUAUAACCCUUUAUCCAAGCCUCUGCCAGAGCUGGUAGAGGGGGGCCUGGAGAUGCUUGUCAGCUACCUGAAGGACAAAAAACACAACUGACAAGGCCACUGGAGGCAGGGACACUAGCCAACUCACUGAGACUCCGUCAACUGGAAAGGCAGACUGCUACCUGCAGCACCUCAUUGGGAUGUGUCUGGAGUCUUGGAAGCU